AUGGAGAAAACAAUAAUGAUGGACAUGAGUGACGUUGACAAAGACCACCAUCAGACUACAGAUACUACUACUAUUAGUGUUAUUUCCGUUACCGACGAAAAAGAAAAAGUGAAUGAUAGCAGCAACAAAGAAAAGUUGACAACAACAAAUGUCGAUAUUGCUGAUAGUGGUAAUGAUGAUGAUGUUGAACACCACCAGACUGCCACAACUAAUAGUACUACUAUUACUACCACUAUAGAUGAAAGAAAAAACGUGCUUGAUAUCAACAAUGAGGAGAAGACGGUGUUGUCUAAGUUGAGGUGCAAUAGUGGUAGCGAUGAUGACUACCACCAGAUUAUUAGCACUGACGAAAAAGAAAAAGUAAAUGAUACUACUGAGGAAGAGUUGACGACGACAACAAGAAUUAAUGUCAACGAAGGUCUUCUUACUCAGAAGAAUCUCAAUGUUAAGAAUCGUGAGACCAUGAUAGCCUGUACUGGUUUUACCGAUGAAAUGGAAGAAAAGAAUCUUGAUGAUAUCUCGCAAAAAGUUAUGAAAAAGGUUAAUGAUACUCGAGAAGUUAACACGAUAUUAUCUUUUUGCGAGGAGAAUGAUGCUGAUAUCAAUUUUCCUAUAAUUUGUAACGAUAUAAUGAAAUGCAGUGAAUCAUCUAAUGAAGUUACUAGCACCGUCAAUGACUUAAAAGAAUCGACAUCGAUAACAGCAAGUAGUACAAGAAGAGACGGUAAAAAUAACAGCAACAACAGUAGCAGACACACCAACAGCAGUAACAUCGGAAGUAUCAACAAUAACAUCGACAGCAGUAUCAACUUGUCCCAAUAUGUUAUUGGAAACAUCAUCAUCAUCAUCAACAUGUAG